AUGGCAUCUACAUCGUCGGAUCAUUCCAGAAUCAUGGCGGGCCUUCGACACAAGAUUCAGCCGCGAGGCACGGUCCGCCGGUGGACCGCGGACGGCGAGAGAGAGGGAAGGGCCUCGGCUACUGUGACCGGCGAAGAUCUGGUGGAGAAGCUGAGGGAGUUGAAGCCGCAGAAGAACUGCUUAUACGACCGCUACGAUGCCUUCCAGACCUACUGGAGACACCCUCUGGUGCGCCUGUUCUUCGUCAUCGCGCUCUUUCUGCUGGACCUCUACGUGUUUGGGGAGGAUCCCACCACCUACUCGAUGACGCCUUGCCUCUCGUCCCUGCUGGGCCCCCUGGUCAACCUCUUCCUCUUCCGCAUGUCCUUCGAUCAGCUGAAUCGCUGGCUGGCGCUGCGCCUGCUGCUUCUGGCAUCCUUUGUGUCAGCAGGCAUCCUGCUCACCCGAGCGCUCAAGCGUCGGCUGGCGCUGCGCUUCGAGAUGUUCACAUACAGGGGCAGUACCUUGGUCAUCGGAGCUGUUGGGGUGGCGGUCAGCCUCAUCCUCAGUGCGCAGGUGUACAACUUCAUUCGGUGGGCCACGGUCACCCGGAACGCGGAAUGCAAGCAGCCGGUCUGUGACCGGGAGUGGCUGAGCAACGACCUCCACAUUAGCAACAGCCUCUUCGCGCGGCUGACGCAGUGCGGGGCCUUUCUGGCCGACAGCCUCGCCGUGUUCAUGGUACUGGACCUGAUCCUCCAGGAUGAGAGGACCUACAUCAACAGCGGGCUUCGGGUCUUCAGCAACUACGACCUCAUAGGCUUCUGGCUGAAGAACCGCGGCCGCAUCCUUUGGGGAAGCUUCGGCGUGGUGGCGGUGUGGGGCGUUCGCUCGCUGCUGACGAGCAACGAGACGCUGCUGCGGUACCAGACGGCCAAGACCGCGAUCACCAGCGCGCACCGGUCCAACAUCGGGCGCAUGGCCGUGGCCGGGCUGCUGCUCAUCAUGGACAUCUGCAUCGUCACGCAGGACCUGGAUUUCCCGCACUUCGAGAACUCGGUGGAGCUGAAGAUGUUCGGCACGAACGUCGCCUUUGAAGGCUGCUUCAUCAACUACAUCCAAGUCUUCGUCUCCAUGCUCUUGGAUCUGAACUGCCUCUACACCAUGGGCUGGUACAUGCCGAUGUACUAUGGGCAAUAUGUCAAAGACGGCACGGAUCGGAUUUGUUCUCUAGGCCCUUCGCACGUCAACGACAAUGCAGAGCGCUGGGCCCGGGCUGACCGGAAGAAGUACUAUCAAUGCGGAGGCAGUCUCCUGUCUUGCCCAGAGCUGGACUAUCCCACGCCGAACUAUGCCACUUGCGAGCAUCCGGAUCAGCUACUGCAGUCCCGGUAUUAUGAAGAUGUGAAGAGCCGGACCGCCUUGGCAAUUCUGCCUUUUGCCGUUGGCCUCCUGGUGCUGUGCACCCUCUUCCGCCUGGCAGGGCGCUCGGCCGAGAACCUGUGCCGACGCGUGGUGAUCUCCAACGCCUUCGCGGCCAGGCGCUCCGAGGACGCCCGUUCCGUGGAGCUUACCGCCAUGGUCGUCGACAGCUUUGCAAAUCGGCCGUCCAUGGCAAGAGACCUGCAGGCAGACCAGGCGGAGGCCACGAUGCCGUUCCGCGAGAAUGUCCUGGAAGAGGUACCCGAUGGCGGCCUGGUUGCUGACAGGGUGAUUGUGGUCACCGCCGGGGGGGUGAAGGUCUUCGAGCUGCAAGACAAUCCGCGGUCGCCGGAUGAGGGACUGGACGGCACUUGGCUGAGGCCCCACGUCUUCUGCCGAAGCUUUCGGCGGUGGUUCUGGGCUUCCAUACGUCGGAUGCAGGGCCGCCUCGCGCAACGAGCUCCAGGCUCGCCAGCUGUCGCGGCGGUUGAACCGCCCGCCCGUGAGCCGCCACUUGUGGAGGUCCCACACGCGCGCGUGACGGAUCUGAAAUGGAUGCUGCGCAGCCUCGACUAUGUCAGGCAAGAUGUGCCGUUCAACUCACUGGAGCUGCUCUGGCAGGGUAGGCUCCUGCCAGAUGAGGUUCCCCUUCGUUCGCUGGGGCCGGACCCGGUGCUGUACUUGCUGUACGACCGCUGGUCCCUACGCCGCAAGCGCCUUGCCGUCUGGAGGGCGAAGUCGCGCCGCGCCGCAUGA